AUGACAUCAAUUGGUACUGGUUACGAUCUCUCCAAUAGUGUGUUUUCACCUGAUGGCAGGAACUUCCAGGUAGAGUACGCCGUGAAGGCUGUGGAGAACGGAGCGACUUCUAUUGGAAUUCGUUGCAAGGAUGGUGUUGUGUUUGCGGUGGAGAAGCUGAUUACUUCGAAAUUACUGGUUCCCCACAAGAAUAAGAAGAUCCAAACGGUGGACAAGCACAUUGGCUGCGUGUAUUCGGGCCUGAUGCCCGACGGCAGACACCUCGUAAACAUUGGCCGUCAGGAAGCUGCCGACUUCCGGAAGUACUAUCGUCAGCCAAUUCCGCUACCUGCAUUUGCUGACCGUGUGGGCCAGUAUGUACAAGCUCACACGCUAUACAACAGCGUGCGGCCCUUUGGGAUCAUCGCGAUUUUCGGUGGCGUUGAUGAGAAAGGCCCUCACUUAUACAUGCUUGAACCAAGUGGCGCUUACUGGGGUUAUAGAGGAGCCGCUGCCGGAAAGGGCAGACAAGCCGCUAAAGCGGAGCUGGAGAAACUGAUUGGGAACGAUAAGUCAGAGCUGUCAGCUAGGGAUGCAGUGAAAGAAGCGGCUCGGAUCAUCUACGUGGCCCAUGAGGAUAAUAAGGAGAAAGAAUUCGAAAUUGAGCUGAGCUGGUGCUCCGCUUCGGAGACGGAUGGCUUGCACAAGGAGGUACCAAAAGAGCUAUUUGAUGCAGCGAUUGAGUUUGCGAAGAAGGAGACCGGUCAGGAGAGUGAUGAUGAUUCAAGCGAUGACAACGCAUCUGGAGGUGAAGAGUCCUCAACAAAGAAGGAUGCUGACGGUGAUGUCCAGCUUUCAUGA